AAAACAAUUGCCAAUAUGAUAUUACGAUAUAUUUAUGCAACACCAAAUUCACUAAUAUUUCGUGCUAUAAUCGUUUGUAUCAUACUAUUAUUAAUUAUAAUAUGGGGUUUAUAUGAUUAUGCUGGUCAAAUCAAUAUAUUAGAUAGGAAAUUUGUUGCCAAAAGUAUGCACUUAACGCAUACAAAUAGUAAAAAUGGCACAUUAUUUUUAAAAAAUUUAACAAGUAGUGAGCAAAUGUAUGAAAUAAGUAUAAGAAAUUUUGAAAUGCAAGUAAUUGAAAAUUUAGGCGAUAUGGGUGCACCUGCAGAGUUACCAAAAAAUUUGCAUGAAUCCGGUGAAAAUUCAAUCAAGAAAUUUGCAUUGAAUGCAGUAUUAAGUGAUCGAAUAUCAUUACAUCGAAAAUUAGCAGUAUUUACACAUCCAUUAUGUUCCCGUAAAAUAUACCCAAAAAUAAAAAAUCGGCGAGCUACUAUUGUGAUUAUAUUUCACAAUGAAAUCUUAUCAGUAUUAGCGCGAACAGUAUGGAGUGUGCUAGAUGUUACCCCUAAACAAUACAUUGAUCAGAUUAUUAUGGUUGAUGAUGCAAGUACAUCAGAGGAAUUACAUGGUAAAUUAUCAUAUUAUGUAAAAACAAGGUUUAAAAAUUAUCCGGUAGUAUUGGAACGAUUACCACAACGUUUAGGAUUGAUUCGGGCUCGAUUACAUGGUGCACGAUUGGUUCGACAAACAGCGAAUGUUAUCAUUUUUUUAGAUGCACAUUGUGAAGUUACGAAACGUUGGAUUGAACCUCUUUUAGAUCGGAUAGAAUAUAACCGAACAAUUGUAGCGAUACCAAUAAUUGAUUUAAUUUCGGAAUCAACAUUUGAGUAUACCGUAGCCAAGGAAUAUAAGUAUCAUGUUGGUGGAUUUACAUGGGAUGGUACAUUCGAUUGGAUCGAUAUACAAAAGAGUGAAUUGGAUCGCCAAAAAACACCUAUUGAUCCAGUACGAACACCCACAAUGGCUGGUGGAUUAUUUGCCAUUGAUAAAAACUAUUUUUGGGAAAUUGGAUCGUAUGAUGAACAAAUGGAUGGUUGGGGUGGAGAAAAUUUAGAAAUAUCAUUUCGUAUUUGGCAAUGUGGUGGUUCUUUGGAGACUGUGCCUUGUUCCAGAGUUGGUCAUGUGUUCCGAGAUUUUCAUCCAUAUGAUUUCCCGAAUAACAAAGAUACACAUGGCAUAAAUACCGCUCGUAUGGCAAAAGUGUGGAUGGACGAUUAUCAACGAUUAUUUUUUCUACAUCGAAAAGCUUUUGAUAAUGAAGCUGUUCUUGGAGAUAUAACGCAUCGUAAAAUGUUUCGAUCAAAAUUACAUUGUAAGGAUUUCCAUUGGUAUUUAAAGAAUGUGUAUCCAGAAAAAUUUAUACCCGAUGAAAAUGUAACUGCUUAUGGUCGUGUUAUCAAUCACGAUUCUGAAUUAUGUUUGGAUGAUUUACAAAAUUCUGAUCAAUUAAUUUAUUCUUUGGGUGUGUUUACAUGCGAUUUGGAUUCACCUAUUGCAACUCAGUAUUUUUCGUUAAGUCUUACUGGAGAGUUACGAAAGGAAUCUGCUUGCGCCGAAGUAGUCGGUCGUGGAAAUAAUCAUCGAGAGAAGCUUGUUGAAAUGACGAAAUGCCAUGGACGACUUGGUUCUCAACAUUGGAUACUUACUGAGCAUUCACAAAUCAAGAAUACUCAAUCAAAUAUGUGCUUAUCGGUGAAAGGAUUGUUACCUCGUUCACAAAUCUAUGUUACAAAGUGUGAUAAAUAUGCUAGGGAUCAAAAAUUGGUUUUUGAUUUUCAAAGAAUUGAAUAAUUUUAUUUAAAAUAAUAAUAAUAAUAAUAAUAAUUGUUUUCUUUCAUGAAUUGUACAUAAACAAAUAUUUUUUAAACUCGUUUUUCUAACCUUAUGAAAUUUAUUUUAUUAAAAUUUAAUUUUUCUCGACUACAUGUGCUAUCGCAGCAGAAUUAUUUAAGGGGGGUCAAUCUGUUAGUGGUAAGUUUAAAAAUUGUCAAUUUUUGAUAACUGUUUAAAAGCUUUUGAAGGCGUGUAUUUACUGGGUAUGUUUGAACUUCUGAGGACUUUGUACCCGUGAAGUUUAUUUUUUAUAAACAUUGAAGAUCUUUUAUUUAAAAUUUUAAAAAAGCUUUUAUAAAUAUUUUGUAUUUCUCAGCGUUGCCACUGAAUUAUUAAUUAAAGUAUAAAUGUAUAUUAAUUGGAUAUAAUUUAAAAAAUAAGUUUUUUUCUUAAAACAGGGUAAAAUUAUUCACGACAAUUAUUCUCGCCAACCUCAAUGAACGUAAAUAGUAUGUAUGAGAAAAUGGUUGAAUAUUGUAUUACAUGCAGGCAGUGUCAUAAGUGGCAUCCGAAAAUGUGUUAUUUGAAAGUGCUUUUAAGAACGUUCCCAAAAAAUCACGUUUUCUUACUAUCAUUAUUAAAGCAGGUACCUACAGAAGUGUUUGUAAAGGUAUGCUUAACAAGGCUAAUUUUAAAAAGAUUAAUUUAGAAAACUAAUACUCAUUAAUUUAAAGCAUUCAAAAUAUUUUCCUAUAAAGAAAAUUUCAACAUGCGGCACUCGUACGUCCAUAAAAUACAUUUAAAGUGAUAAAAUGAAUGACAUAAGUGUUAUUUCCUCUAUAAGUGAUUUUAAAAAAUAUGAUUCCCUGAAUAUUAACUCAAUCACAUACAAAUUUGGGACCUUCUAACUCAAUUUGGAGGGGCUAUAAAAGUGCCUAAAACCGCGAAAAACGCGAUUGCCGCAUAAAAAAGGCAUAACAAUAUUGAAAUAUUGCGGCAUAAAAAAGGAAGACGGGAAUGUGAUAAGCUGAAAACAAAAGGAACUUAUUUUCAAAAACCGACUACCAACUAUAAACAAUGAAAUAUGUCGAUAACAACUUCCUUAAAAAUGCCGAAAAAGUUGUUUUUCUGAGAAUAAUCCUCCCCUCCCCCCAAUAAUUUUUUUUUACUUUAAAGUAUCGAAAUUACUCAGGCUGUCUCAUAAAAAUGUUAAUUGUGAAGUUAUAAAAGCA